AUGAGCAAUUCGACAGCGAUGCCACCCGCUUCCUUGUCGGCGGCCACGGGGGCCCCGACAAUGGAAGGGGUGAGGGACAUCAUCUUCGAAGGAUGGACCCAUGGUUCAUCCUUCGAAGAUGUUGUCGAGGUGAUAGAUUUCACCUACAUGGGGACGGAGGGGGGGGAGGAGGUUUUGGUUGAGGUCCUCAGGGACCUCAAAAACCUGGCCUCCUGGGCGGAGAAGUUGGGGAAGAGGGCCAUUAAGAUGAGGAAGGCCGUGGCGGUGAGGAGGAACUUGAAGGAGGAGGCGAAGAAGCGGAAGGAGAAGAAGAAGGAGAAGAGGGCCAAGGAGGUGAAGGCCCAGGGGGGGAAGGGGGGUGGAGGAGGGGCUAAGGGCCCCGAGAAGGAGGAGGAGGAGAAGGCAGUCGUGGUGGCGACACCAGAGGGGGGGCCCAUGGUGUUCGAUGAUCCUAUGGACAUCGACCCAGUGGAGACAGAUAUCGUGGAGCCACUGGUGGGGGGGAUGAGGAGGUUGGUGGUGGACGUGUGGAGCGUCCACCUCCCUCCCGAUAUCGUGGGGGCUUUAGUACGGGACAGCCCGUGCCGGAGGGAGGGGGCAGAAGGGCAACAGAGGAGCUAUAGGAGGUGGCGCCUGGAGAGGGCCGUCGAGGGAAAGCGGAGGAGGCGGAAGGCGAGGAAGGCGAAGAGGGGUUCUCCCUGA